UCGGUUCCCCUCUGUGUGAGGAUAAUAACAAGGUCGUGAUUGAGUUACAAUGCACAAUAGGAGAAAAAAAAGUCGAGCUUUGUCUAAUUGUUCUUUGACAGGGUCAGAGGGGAUUGUGCGAUUGGCUGCUGCCUCCUGAGGCUGCUGGGCUGUCAGAGCUGUCUGAGGGCUGGGAGUGACACCAAGGUGACUGAAGGGGAGGCUGUGGUAUAAAUUGCUGGCGCAGUGCAAAGCGUUCCAGAGACGUGGGCAUCAGCCGGACUCUUCUGUGUGCGCGCGCGUGUGUGUGUGUGUGCGUGCGCGUGUGUGACCUUUCCCUGCAUUGCACAACCACUAUAGGCCAUUACAGCGAUGACUGCAAAAGCAGAGCUUCCAGGCUGGCCGGAGUACCCGGAGGAUUUCACUCUGCUGCAGCAGCGCAACCUGGCCCACAUCAGCUCCAAAAGUUGGAUUUCUUCAAAUUCCAUCCGCGCGUUCUCGAGGAGGGACGCGCACGGAGCUCCAGACGCGGGCGUCUCACUGGACAAGCACGUGCCAACGGGUAAACUGCCCGAGUGCGUGUCGGCUGCAGGCAUCGCUGAGGCACACUGUGAGAAGUCAGCGGAGGGAGGCAAGACGAGCCACUUUGGCCCCCAGAGACACCGGCGCGUCGCAGCCAACGCCAGGGAGAGGAGGAGGAUGCACGGUCUGAACAAGGCGUUUGACGAGCUGAGGAGCGUCAUCCCCUCCCUGGAAAACGAGAAGAAGCUGUCCAAGUACGACACCCUCCAAAUGGCUCAGAUCUACAUCACCGAGCUGUCGGAGCUCCUGGCCGGCGUGGUUCAGUCGGAGUGCAUGGCUCCCCGUCCAGGCUCAGCGGACAAGACCUCCAGGAGGAGCCUCAUUCACUCCCUGAGGCCUGCAGCCAGCGAGCAGGACCUUAUCAUACUCGGACCUACAUCUGACCUGGGGUCAAAUAAAUCCACAGCCUCUUCCCACAGCAGUGAUGGGGAAUCAUCGCAUCUCAGUGACAUGGAGGAAAGUCAGCAUGGGAGACAGUAACAGAGAACACUCACCACUGACCUUUGACUGUUUACACCGCAGUGUCUGUUAUAGGAUGAUCCAGGAGCACCAAAUAUUACAGCCUGUAGAAACGUUGAUCAUAUGAUAGUCUUACAUAUAUUCUCCUGUCAUGAUUAAUAGCUUAGAUGUUGCAAAAUGAAAACAGUACAGGUGAAACUCAAAACAGCAACAGACUUUCAGUAUCGUACUUCCUGGGGCCAUGAUGGGCCUUUUUAAUGCACUUUAUAUGCCCUGAACAUCACUAAUGACAUUUCCAGUGUCAUUGGUGACAUGUGUCUAAAUUGAAAACAAUUAUUUUCAUAUUUAUGUUUAGCUAUGGGGUAUUUUAUGAGGAUUGCUUUUGCUACAAUAAAGAUAUAGUUAAGAAA